CUGGGAGUAAAAGGGGAGAACUCAAAGCAACAUAGCCAUUCUCUGUGUUUGUUCCUAAAGUUUCAUCACAUCUCUCUAUCUCUACAAGCAGCAACUCAUCAUGUCUGGACGUGGCAAAGGAGGAAAAUCCCGUGCUAAGGCUAAAACCCGUUCAUCCCGUGCUGGACUCCAGUUCCCAGUCGGUCGUGUCCACCGUCUCCUCAGACAAGGAAACUACUCUGAGAGGAUUGGUGCUGGUGCCCCAGUCUACCUUGCCGCUGUGAUGGAGUAUCUCACUGCUGAGAUCCUUGAGUUGGCUGGCAACGCUGCCAGGGACAACAAGAAGCAGAGAAUCAACCCUCGCCAUCUUCAACUAGCCAUCAGGAACGAUGAGGAGUUGAACAAGCUUCUAUCUGGAGUCACCAUCGCCCAAGGUGGUGUUCUUCCCAACAUCCACGCUGUUCUCCUCCCCAAGAAGACUGGGACUGGAAAGAAGGGAAUGAGCCAAUCCGAGGAAUUCUAAACUGUUUAACAAACUCCUCCUUUUAUCUCUUCCCACUUUUCUCUUUUCAACCGGCUUUUUUCAAAGCCACCCCAACCAUCAAAAGAUUAACACCAGAUCUUUGUAUUGUAAUAUCAUUUUAUUUCUGUGCUUAAUAAUAUAUCAUGUGAUUUGAAUAACAAUUUUGAGUUGUUACACUUGGAAGUGAA